AAGAAAAAAUGAUACAAAAGAAAAGUGAUUGUAUUAGGAGAAAAAAUAAACAUGUUCAGCAAAAAUAUAGUGAUUUUUGUCCACAAAAAUGGCAGCUACUUCACUCUCAUUGAGUCUUGGGCUUCCAUCAGCAGCAGCCAACAAUUUGAAUAGGCAUGGCUUACACAACAUUACCACAUGUUCGGCAUCAGAAAACACGUCCCCUAAUCAACAGAGAUGUUUGAUGAGAAGGCCAUUUCUAUUGGGAGCAGGGGCUCUUUCGUUGAGUUUAUUACCCGCUACUCCCCUUUUAGCUCAAGGAGUACCGGAGAACUAUGAAAUCUUUGUUGACAAACGAGAUGGCUAUUCAUAUUAUUAUCCAUCAGAUUGGAGGGAAUUUGAUUUCAGAGGUCAUGAUUCUGCAUUUAAAGAUAGAUAUCUACAACUGCAAAAUGUGCGACUUAGUUUUAUACCAACUGAUAAAUCAGAUAUCCAUGAUUUGGGGCCAAUGGAAGAGGUUGUACCCGAUCUGGUAAAACACGUUUACUCUGCACCGAAUCAGGUGGCAAAUAUAAUGGAAAUGAAGGAGAGAACUACGGAUGGGAAAAACUAUUUCACCUUUGAAUAUGUGUUGACAUCUCCAAAUUUUUCGCGGGCAGCAUUUGCUACCAUAGCAAUUGCAAAUGGGAGACACUACACACUAAUUGUGGGAGCAAAUGAAAGGCGAUGGAGAAAAUUCCGUAACAAACUUAAAGUGGUGGCUGAUUCAUUUCAGGUGCUGGACAUUUAGAACUGCUCAAUAAAGCUGGCAAUCAUACAGUCUUGUUGAAUCAAACAGAAUUGUCUAUAUAUCCUCUUGCAAUUUGUUUAUCGAACUACAUUACAAGGAAUGUUUCCGGCUAUCUCAUAAGUAAAUGAAAUCCCCUUGUAGUUGAA